GCAGAGCGAGCAAGAGAAGAAUUCUCGGCUCCGGCCAUCGAUCUGAUCUGCGCUCUCCGCUUGUUUAUUAAAGCACGCGUUUGUUGUCUUGUGCGGAUGAGGACUGUCAUGGGCGUGGAACAUCUCUCCCUCAGGUACGAGAGUUGAAGAGCAGGAGGAGCAGGAGGUUGCGGAGGCCUGGCACUCUCUCUCUCUCUCUCGGUGUUUCCGAGCGCCGACGACGACGACGACAGAGUCGAGAGGAGGAAGAGAGAGCGACGAUGGCGAAUUGCUCGAGCGAAGAAGGGCCGUGGGCGACUCUGAUCAGCGAGGCGCUGGCGGAGGUUUUCGUGAGGCUGCCGUUCGAGGAGAGGCUGCGGACGGUGCCUUUGGUGUGCAAGGGAUGGCGGAGGGCGUCGUUUGAUCCGGCCUGCUGGCGGAAUGUGGACAUGGAGCCGUGGUUCAAGGCCAAGAGCGAGGUGGAUUACGGGUGGGAGUGGGAGUGCCAGGAGGAGAUGGAGUACCUGGUCAGAUUGGUGGUGGAUCGGAGUCACGGCCAGCUGCGGCAGCUGCGAACCAUGCUCUGCACGAACGACUCGGUGGAGUAUAUCGCCGAGAGGUGUCCGCUCUUGACAGAGCUCUCGAUCGCCGACAGCUUCGAUGUCGUGGACGACGCGGCCAUCAAGCUGGCUCUGAGUUGUCCUCGGCUCGAAAGGCUCGAUUUAAGUGAUUGCUACAAAGUGACGGGAAAGGCUUUAGAGAUGUUCGGCAUCCAUUGCCCAUCUUUGGUUAGUUUCUCGCGGAACAUGCUCAGGAGCCACGAAUUCACCGACGUCGUGCUGCCCAUGGGCGACGAGGAGGCCCUGGUCAUCGCCACGCGUAUGCAGAAGCUCGAGCAUUUGGAACUCAAAAAGUCCUUCUCGCUGACGGAUUUCGGUCUGAUGCACAUUGCCACUCGGUGCAAGAAGCUCGAAUCCUUGAAUCUUGCCUGUUGCAGCGGAGUGUCGCCCAGUGCCCUGGAGAAAGUGACCGCCGUCUGUCCGAACCUCAAGUCUUUCACCAAGCCCAUCAAUCCCCGUAUGCACGUCAAUCAGAAGUUCCUCUGGGUGCUCUUCGACUGAGCACGCUUGUUCUCGUGGGCAGGAUAGAAUCCGGCACACAAGCCUGUACACCUUCAGCAGAGAAGGGAAGCGCAGAAGGCAGGUCCCAGGUCCAGGCUCAGUCCCCCACAGAUCCGAAGGCCAGAGAGCGGGAAGUCGUCGUAGCCAUCGCCCUCACACAGACUCUGGGUGGAGACGAGGAUGAUUGUUGAGUAAACUCUUGUCAGCCGGUCGGAGUGCAUUGUGUCUCUCCAAGACAGAGCGACGGUGCAGUGGACCGACAGACGGGUUACAGUCAAUCGGGCCGAGGUGGCUUUCACAGGGCUGGCGGGGUGAUGAGGUUCAAGAGAUUUUCGGGACGGAAGAGCUUCGACUCGGAUGGGUGUCGAUGAUCGAUUGCAACUUUCGGGCCACCCACCGAAGUCAAACGACAUAGUUUCUGCCACUGAAGCCGGGACAGUGGAGGUUUUAGAAUCACCGAGCAUUGCUUCUGGAGCCUAUCCUGUGCUCAAAGAGGGGCGUAGGGGAGUGUGGUCCCUGUCAAAAGUUCCCAGUCCCACCACGGUAACGAUGGUGGUGGUCUAUUUACUCGACUUAGAGGCUUUGGGGUAUUCAUGUGCAAUCCAUGUUGCGAUAUGUAGCGCAACGUCACGCCCUUCGAAGCCCGUUCUCUGUGUGUACCGCGGAGGUCGUGCUCGUUCUGGUGCCGUGCCUGCUCUAGGAUUUCGAUGACAGAUGCCAAGGCCUGGAUAGGAAACACUGUAUAGAGAAAACGAGGUGGAUCCUCUGUAUCGGAUCGUAGAUUGUUUAAUCAAUCAGCUGCCGAAUCCUUUCACUAUCUUCCACAAUUGCCGACGAUAGUAUCCAUUCAAAUUAAUACCUUGUAAAGUUACCACAUUUUUGGAGAUGCCCCUGUAAAAUAUUUCUAUAAAGAUUCUCAGUUCUC